AUCGCACAUGAAGAUCUUCCUAAACCAGCCAGUGACCUGGAGGCUGGGAAGCCCCUCCCCUUCAUCUAUGGAGACCCACCCCCUGAGCUUCUCAACACCCCAUUAGAGGAGCUGGAUCCUUUCUACCAAUCACAGAAGACGUUCAUCGUGCUCGCCAAAGGAAACAUCAUCUUCCGGUUUAACGCUGAACCCGCCUGUUACCUGCUGAGUCCCUUCAACCCUCUGCGCACCGCCGCAAUCAGGAUCCUGGUUCAUUCAUAUCCUUUAUG